UUGCUGUGAAAAUGACAGAAUGUGCAGUGAGGAAAAUAGGGUAAUAAGGAAAAAUCACAGGUGGAUGUGCAUAGGUGUAAAAACAAAAUCACCAUAAAUAACUCUGCAGUUCCUUUAUUAUUAUUAUUAACAUUAUGUUCUAUCUUGCUCAUGCAAAAAUGAAACAUGUGGUGGUUUAUUGUCAUAAAGGUGUAAGUUUCAGAGCGAACUGAUCCAAAACUGUGAAAAUGUGAUACCUGAAAUGUUACACUAUGAUCUGAGGGGGAAAAAAAGCAGGAGACAUAAAAAAAGAAAUGUAGUUAAAAAUCUUAAUUAUAAAUGCUUAUAUUUUCUCAUAUAGGUUUUAGAAAAGCUGUUCAACAAUGCAACAAAAGGCAUUGAAGGCCUUGAAUGUUUCUUAUGUUUCAUGUUGUACCCUGAUGUUUUGGCAGCUUAAAAUUACACCCAGAUUAUGUUUCAGUUAGAACACCCAUACACAACAAUGAGUUAUAUAAACCCAAGGCAUUUUAGUGUAUUUGAUAUAUCUAUGGUGAUUGUGCCUUUCAUUGUUUUUGCAUGGUUUAUUUGUGAUGUACUGAUUUUCUUUCGUCGAAGUGGACAAGGCAUCCGCUGAGGGGCAAAAGACCUAUGCAAAUAUCAACAAAUGGGUUUUCCAACAUCGAUUUAGAAAACACAGUUCACCUGUUCUUGGAGGGAGAAAGACAAGAAGGGCUUGAACGGAGUUUGUCUACUGAUCACUGAAGAGGAAAUGUGUGUUUAUUUUUAGCCAGCAACAACAGGGAUGGUUUGAAUGGCUCUUUAAAAGUGUGUUGUGAUUCCAGGCGUCUUGAAUACAAGUCUUACCUUGUCGUCAUGAUAUUUGAUACGAAGCUAACUUCAGUGAGGCUGCUACUCUGGUCGGGAGUGAAUCGGUAGCUCGGUCUCCUCAUCUCACCUGCUUUAUUUAAAACAGCACUUUACACCGUCGAGGAGGGUUUUUAUUCAAACAUAUGUACGUCACAGCAAAGGUGGAUGAAAAUGCAUCAUCAGAUGUUUUAACUAAAGAUAGCAGACGACUGCAGUAUGUGCCAUAAUGCCAAGGGUGAAACUCCAGAUCUCAACAGGAGAUUCCUUUCGUGAAAUCAAAGAACUGAUCCAGCAUCAUCCUUAAAGGGCAAGCCCGGAUAUUUAUCCUCUGUUCGACACCUCAACAUCAUAAUAAGGAGCAAGAUGGACAUUGUGGCUUAGUUACCUCUCUUCACAUCACAUCACAUCACAUCACAAGGUUUUAGGUAACUGUGACUGCAGGGAUCAAGACUAGUCAUGCACAACCCUGCUCAGGAAAGUGUGGCUGGGUACCCAGGUGGAAGUGUGGUGGAUAAGGAUGCCAAUCCGGAGACAAUGCUGGGAAGCGCCUACUCCCCGGUGGACUACAUGAGCAUCACCAGCUUCCCCAGACUGCCAGAGGACGACACGAUGUCUGGAGAGACCACACAGAAGUCUCGAAAGGAUGAUGACAACGUCCUGAGUGAGCAGGAUACAGAUCCAGAUCUGUUUCUGAAGUCAGCUCGUCUCCAGCGUCUCCCGUCCUCAGCUUCUGACUUGGCUAGCCAAGACGUUGCGUCGCUACGGGAGACCACCACAGACCCCUUUACCGAGGACUGCGCCUGCCAGCGAGACGGAAUGACAGUCAUAAUCACAGCCUGCCUCACCUUUGCUACAGGGGUCACUGUAGCUCUCAUAAUGCAGAUUUACUUUGGCGAUCCGCAGGUCUUCAAGCAAGGAGCCGUGGUGACAGAUGUAGCUCAGUGUACGUCUCUUGGGUUUGACGUGUUGGGGAAGCAGGGGUCCAGUGUCGACGCUGCCAUCACUGCUGCCCUCUGUUUGGGAAUUGUCCACCCUCAUACCUCUGGUAUCGGAGGCGGUGGCGUUAUGUUGGUGCAUGACAUUCGCAAGAAUGAGACAAGAGUCAUUGACUUCAGAGAAACAGCACCAUCUUCCCUCCACGAGGACAUGCUGCUUACGAACCUUGAUCUUAAUUCAGGCUUGCUAGUGGGAGUUCCAGGCAUGCUCAGUGGGAUGCACCAGGCACACCAGCUGUACGGCAGGUUACCGUGGAAGGAUGUGAUUUCCAUGGCAGCAAAUGUGGCCAAAAAUGGAUUUAAUGUUACUCAUGAUUUGGCUGAAGCUCUGGCGAAAGUUAAGGGCCAAAACAUGUCGGCUGCAUUUCGGGAAUUGUUCCUCCCCAACGGCCAGGCCCCCCUCCCUGGACUGUUCACCCGACGUGUUGAUUUAGCCAACAUUUUGGAUGCUGUUGCAGUCAAAGGAAUAUCUGAGCUCUACAGCGGAGAACUGGCACAGGAAUUGGUGGCCUCAGUGCAAGCAAGAGGAGGCGUGCUCACAGGGGAUGACUUUCAAAACUACAGCACAGUCCUAGAAAAGCCAGCGGAAAGCACCUAUCUGGGAUACCAUGUAAUGGCUGCUCCAGCCCCUCAUGCAGGUGUUGCCUUGAUCGCGGCACUUAAUAUCCUUGAAGGCUACAACAUUACAAACCAGGUGCCCCGGAGUAGCACCUACCAUUGGAUUGCAGAGGCUUUGAAGAUAGCACUGGCUCUGGCUAGUGGGCUGGGAGACCCUUUAUAUGACGCCGCAGUCUCAGAAACUGUUGCAACAAUGUUAAGUAAAUCACAGGCUUCCCUAUUCCGCCAGAUGAUCAACGACACUCUGGCAUUCCCUGUAAACCAUUACACUUCAGCAUUUACCUUUGAGAAAGGUACGACUGCUGCUCAGGUCAUGGUCAUGGGCCCAGACGACCACAUUGUGUCAGUUGUGAGCUCACUAAACAAACCAUUUGGCAGUGGGAUAGUGACUCCUUCAGGAAUCCUUUUGAACAGCCAGAUUCUGGACUUUUCCUGGCCUAAUAAAACUCGGAACUCAUCGCAUAACCCUCAUAACAGUGUUCAGGCUGGAAAAAGACCCAUGUCCUUCCUGAUGCCCACAGCAGUGAGGCCUGCAGUGGGGGUGUGUGGCAAGUAUGUAGCCGUUGGGUCGUCCAGUGGAGCCAAAGCCCUCAGUGGCAUCACACAGGUCCUGAUGAAUGUUCUGUCUUCACGUAAAAACAUGAAUGACAGUUUAGCGUAUGGAAGACUCCACCCUCAGCUGGAGCCCAACACCCUUCUGGUGGACUCUGAGUUUUUAGAGGACGACGUGAAGCUGCUGCAGGCCAAAGGACACAAAGUUGAGAGGAUGGACGUUCUCUCACUGGUGGAGGGCACACAGAGAACCAAUGACAUCAUCACUGGGGUGAAGGACCCCCGAAGUGCUGAUGCCUCUGCCCUUACUAUGUCUAGCGUGCCGUAGUGCAUCGCUUCUUCAGAUAAUUGCUUUUAUUAUUGAGGAUGGUAAGACUAGCAGCAUGUGGCUACAUAAAAAGCAAAAUUCAACAGCAAAGGGUUGUUUUCUGAAAAAAAAAAAAAACAUCAGCAAAACACACGUGCAGCUUUUCUCUGGGCUGACCUGAUAGGAGCCUUGUGAUUUGCUCAAAUUAAAUGUUAGAACGCAACCCUACUAAUUCUACUGCACCUUCUCACAACCUCAUCUAAUCGGCGCGCAGACACAAUGUGAAAUGGUUUUGAAGUUUAACUCCAUCCCAAGGUUUGUUUCUAAAUUAAUGGUACGUAAGCCAGCUUUUACCUUUUUGCUAAUGUGAAGAGGGAAAAGAAGUCGAAGCAGGAAUGUCUAAUAAGGCUCUUUUCCUAAGAUUCUGUUAGGUGUUUUAAGAGUUUUUGCACUAACAGUGUACAAUAAGGUAAAUUAUUGAAUACUUAAUGUAUGAUUGCCAGGAUUUGCCUUUAGGAGAAUGAUGUGAGGUCUGUUUUAGAUACCUUUCAGCUGCAUUUCACUGUUAUUCCAAAUAGUUCACAACAUCAGAAACAAGCCCUUGUUUCAGUAUAUCUGAACAGGACGGUCCUAAAGGGAACACAUUAACCCCCUGUUCUUUAAAUGAUGUACAAGUGUCUUUAGAUGUUGUUUGGUACAGCUGCUGGCGCUUUAGUUGUUGUAGUUGAUCACUUCUACACCGGGACUGUGUUAAAACAAAUGCGCACAACAGAAAUGUGUUUGGAUCACAAGUUUAUUUCAAUUAGCAAGAUCCUUAAACUGAUUUUAAUAGGUUUUAGAAAUCAGUACUCGUUUUAUGGGUGUAUUUAAAUGUCGUGUUUUAGUAAUUUAACUUGCUGUAAAUAUUUUUAUUUUGAACCUGUGAAUGAAGAUUUUUGAGAAGGGUUUAUAUUUCUUAGAGCAGGAAUAACUGGAAAAUUUAUUGUUUCUGUUUUUUGUAUCAACAUCUGCUUGACUGCAUCUGUUGUUUUAAUGUAGAACAGCAUCAGACGGUGCAUCUUGGAUAAAUGAUGUUAUGUUUGUUUUGCUGCACUAGUAAUUAUAUUAAAUUAUAUUAUAUUGUGUAUUUACAGAUAGAACAAACAGCUUCCUGUAGAUGUUUCUGUCCAAAGUAAAUCAGCUAGCUCCAACUGAUCAAAAGACUUCUUGAUUUUAAAAUCAUUUACACUUGUCUUCUGUACUGUAGAGGGCCGAAGUAAGGCACAUUUGCACAAAACCUAAUGUCUAAUUUUGUUUGUGCUUUUAUGUGAUUAUCAUAAAAGUCUGCAUUGUUCAAAUAAAAAAAUGAAAAUGAUACAUUUAAAUAAUAA